AUGGGCAAGAGCGCUUGGGAGAAGUUCUUUGAUGCAGCGCACAAGGACGCGCUCAACCAGGGCUCGUGGGGAAUAACCCUCACCCCGGGCGAGCAUUGUGUUUACUUCAAGGACGGGCGCGAACUCCGAGCCACGGUCAGCCAGGCCUGCACCGUCGACAUGAAGAAUUCCGGGCUCAUGAUGAACCUUCGCAAUCUCGCCAAGUCUGCGAAUGACAGAGCGUCAGUACCUUGUACCCUGGUUGAUGGUGCCAAGAAUGGGGAUGGAGGUGCGAUUGCGGUGGUUUGGAAGUUCACAUGA